AUGGCGAAGGACAGCGCGGCCGCGCUUCCCAACUUGUCUGCACUCGUCGGCCGCGAUGUGGCGGUGGGGCUCGCGGAGAAGGCCGGUGGACUGGCCAGUCUCGCCCGUCUUUCAGACGCAGCCCUUCGCCACCUCGGCCUCGACGCCGCGACGCAGUUUCAGCGGCAGAGGCACCUGCAUGCAGGCGACAUUGCCGAGGCGCCCGUCUUUUUGGAGUUCUUUGGUACCGACGAGGUGCGGGCGGACGAUAUGCAGGCGGCGAAGAAGGCAAUUGCCGUGCUGGCCCGCAAGUGCAGCAUUGCCGCCAAGGCCGACCUCGCCGGUAGCCCCGCAACAGGUGCGCUCGGCGAGGCAGAACUCGAAAAGGUGCGGCGCAGCUUCGAGGUGCUUCUGGCUGAGGGGAAGGUCAACGCCAUCGAUACGCAGGCGCUCCCUGUUCCACAUGUAUUUGUGCGGGGGGAAGAGGCGAAGAAGAAGCGCGGCGGUCGUCGCGAGUUUCGCAAGCAGCAGGCGCAGAAGGAUGCCCCUAGUGCGCUGGAGCGUGCCGUGUCGCAUGUCAAGAUGGGCGUCAGCGAGGAGGAGCAGUUGCAAUUGCUCAUGCAGCGCAGCGAUGUGCGGACGCAGCUGUUGAAGGGUGUGACGAAGGCGCCCGAGCAGCGCAAACGCCCGCGGGAGGCUGAUAGCGACGAGUACGACGAUUUGCUGCAAAUACGACUGUAG